GUUGUGUGGAGGGGGUGGUGCUGAUGCUGCCGGUUGCGCUGGGUGCUGGUGGAUGAGGCUCGUCUCUCAGCCUGCUGUGGCCGGAUGCGUUCUCACGCGUGUCUGCUCCAUCUCCUUGACUAGACCGGGAGCAGCAGCAGUCCAGUCGGGGAGCGAGAGUGCACCGGGCCGCGCCAUCGUCGCCACGCAAGCCUUCCACCAGCAGCCGUCCAUUUUACACGAGCGCAUGAGCCGAUGAGCGCCAGUGUGCGUGUGUCUGUAUCUCGCGGGCGGCGGGCAGCAGCAGCAUCUUCAUCGUCAUCUUCAUCUUCAUCAUCAUCAGCAGCAGCAGCAGCAGCAGCAUCUUCAUCCUCAUCUUCAUCAUCAGCAACAGCAGCAUCUUCAUCUUCAUCUUCAUCAGCAGCAGCAGCAGCAUCUUCAUCUUCAUCUUCAUCAUCAGCAGCAGCAGCAGUGUGCAGCCCCGGCGAUGACAGCAUAGGCCAACGCCUCGCUGCAGCCCCACACAGGGGAAUGAAAACGCUCCCAAGAUGGUCCGCAUCGCCAAGGCCCUGGGGCUGGUUAUCCUGUGCGUCGCCGUGCUCAUACUGUCGCUCAUCAGCUAUGUGUCCCUGAGGAAGGACAGCCUCUUCGGCUCCUCCAAAUACACCAUGGGAGGCCCGAGGAUCAUGUUCCACGCAGGAUUUCGGUCUCAGUUCGCCAUGAAUUUUCUGGAUCCAUCCUUCAUCCCCUUAACCAAUGCCCUCAAUGAAGAGCUUCAAGGAAAAUCGUCCAAAUGGAAGUUCAACAAGACUGCCUUUUCUCAACAGAGGAAAGAUAUCUUCAGCUACAUCGACAUUCCCAAAAACUUCUCCCUCACAAAGAACAGUGUACGUGUCGGACAGCUCAUGCACUUUGACUACUCCAGCCACAAGUAUGUCUUCUCCAUCAGCAACAACCUAAAGUCCCUGCUCCCGGACAUCUCUCCCAUCCUCAACAAGCACUACAGCGUGUGCGCUGUGGUGGGAAACAGCGGCAUCCUGACAGGAAGUCACUGCGGCCCGGAAAUUGACCAGGCUGACUUCGUCUUCCGCUGCAACUUCGCCCCCACGGAGGUCUACUCCAAGGAUGUUGGCAGGAAGACCAACCUGACCACCUUCAACCCCAGCAUCCUGGAGAGGUACUACAACAACCUGCUGACCAUUCAAGACAGGAAUAACUUCUUCCUCAGCCUGAAGAAGCUGGAGGAAGCCAUCCUGUGGAUCCCUGCCUUCUUCCUCCAUACCUCGGCCACGGUGACCAGGACCCUGGUGGACUUCUUUGUGGAGCACAAGGGCCAACUGAAGGUCAAACUGGCCUGGCCAGGAAACAUCAUGCACGAUGUCAACAAAUACUGGAAGACUAAGAACCUCUCCCCCAAACGCCUCAGCACUGGAAUCCUCAUGUACACGCUGGCUUACGCCAUGUGCGACGAGAUCCACCUCUACGGCUUCUGGCCCUUCGGCUGGGACCCCAACACGGGCAAAGACCUGCCGUACCACUACUACGACAAGAAAGGCACCAAGUUCACCACCAAGUGGCAGGAGACCCACCAGCUCCCCAGCGAGUUCAAGCUGCUCUACAAGCUGCACAGGGAGGGCGUGACCAAACUCAGCCUGACACACUGCGCCGCUUAGACGAAGUGCAGGGCGGUUUACAGAGAGGAGCCCAGAGGCGAAUGACCCCGAUGCAUCGGCCCAAUUUCAAACUUCUGUUGUGUCCCACAAUGCAUGAUAAGUGUCGAGGCAACUUAUGACACCUUCGGUCUACAAAGACGCGCAUCCCCAAUCCCGCUGUGUUUUCACAUGACGAUGCCAGACUCACUCGGGGUGAUGUAUCACAGACUCAUUCGGUGUGUCGUUGUGCUCAGUACAGUAAGGAUUUUUUUCUUUCUUCACGCUGCUCACUUGCCCCUCAUCACUCUCGUCUGCAUGUAUGCUGGCCGUGGCUGAGCAGCUGGAAAAGAACAGAUGUCUUUUUUAACCGGAGUCCGCAGGGGAUUCAUCUGUAGAAACAGAAACGGUCAUAUCUUCCAGAUCCAGUUUAUUACAGUAUUGAUUGAUUAAUCGCCUUUUGCAACAGUAUACUGAUUCUGAAAAUCAAUACACUGAAAUCACUGCCUAAUCUCAGGGAAGGAGUUAGAUCAGUGUUUUUUUGUAAUCAGAUUCAACGCCUCAGAGAGGUGCAGUUCCUGUUUUCAGGCCUUUUCCCCCCAUGAGGUGUGAAGAUGGUAUUUGUUUACAAGACUCCACACAAACACACACGCACGUGCGAACACACACAUACACACACACACACACACACACACACACACACACACACAUAUAUAUAUAUAUUUAUACAAACAUUAUAUAUAUCUGUGUGUCUUUUAUUCUCUGUAGACAGUUUGAACGUCCACACCAAUUUUUGGAAUAAUAUUCAACAUUCCAACAAAAAGCCAUAAAAUUCACGGACAGAAAUGUUGAUUGACGUUAACCUACAUUAGGUUAUGAGACUUAAGAUUUUGAGAUUUGAAAGAUCUCCUGACGGGACAAAAGAAAUCGACAGCCGAGCUAGCGGUUACAUUUGAAGUCAUAGCUUCGAUUUUCCGACAAAUAAAUACGUGGCAACCAUUGACAAACACGAUGUCAAAUAACAACAUUUACUUAAUGUUCCGAAGGUAUUUCCAAAAUCCAGCACAAUUUCUUUUUUUUUUAAAUCAACCUGUCUCCCAAGUUGCUGCUAUAUUUCCUGUCCAGUUAGUCAGAAAUGAUCCAUCUCCAUAUAUCACUUUGUUGGAAAGUGUUAAAAUAGUAGCAAGUGAUAGUGAUGAUGAAAAUUGCAGCUGCCAGUGUGGCUCAUGUUUCGAGAAUUUAACGAGGACAUUUCUUGAGUCUUUGGCGUAACCUUCCAGACGACAGCGGGUUCCUUUAGACAAAACCUGCGUCUGUUAAAGCCACAAACCAGGGGCCAAGGUUGUACUUACUGGCUAUUCAUGGAAUUCCUUCCUCAGUUUUUUGUUUCAAGUCUUUCCAGAAUUCAAGUGAACUCGUAGCUGUUUUCAGACUAGUGUGUUACUGAAUCAGGUUGCGACUUCGUGGCGAUGACAAGAAUUCAGGGAGUCACUGCUCCUGUCCAUCAAAUCAACACGUCCCACAGCAACAAAAUUGUCGCGCGUGUUUUGUUUUUUUUGUACGGAUUAUAAAAAAAAUCACCUGAGCUAACUAGCUCCUGGCUCCAGCUUUAUCCUGAAUGUACAGACAUCAGAUUGGUAUCGAUUUUCUCAAAUAACCUCGGAUAAAGAAAACAGAGACGUGUUUUUGACCCUUUAAAACACAAUAUCUUGAGACUUAAAGACUUCAAUAAUGCAACAAAGCAAUAGAACUUCCAAAUGCAAACAAAGGUGUUUGUAAAUAGGUAUGGAUGUUUUAUCUAGAUAUGAAUACAUAGAGAAAAAUGUUGUAGAGUUAAUAGUAUUUUCUGCAGUGUAACUGGCAAAUCCGACUAUGUUGAAACUGGCUGCUUUGGCCAUUUAGUGUAAUGUUAACUGACAUUUUUGUAAUUUGAGCUACAGCGUUUUCCCUUUUUUUAAAAAAAAUAUAAUUUCAAAUUUCCCAAGUUUACAUUAUUGAACAGUGUGAUGACAGAACCAAAUUGUCAAUAUCAUCUGUUUUGCUCUUCAGUCUAAACAGGUCAUAUACUGUAUAUUUAAGCAAAUUCUAACAGUUACACCUGGUAGUUAAGUGGGUGUUCACGGGGGCUAGUUCUUUGUGGUGUUUUAAUUUAGUGGUCCGUCAGUAAACACCUGUGAAGUUUUGAAACCUCAUCCUGUGAUCUUGUGACCUUAAAUCACUGCGCUAGCGUGAAGAGGUAUGUCUGAGGCUGACGACGCCGUACCAACAAGGUGACAGGAACGAGCUCGUUCAUCGGUUCACCGCUUGAGCACGCGCAUUGUCCUGGAAUUCCAAAGAUGUCAGGCGAUGACGUAAUAUCUCGUGUAUUUCCUUUUGAUUUUACACCUAUGGCUGUGGUUAGAGUCAGGCUAAAUGCAGACUUCUUUUCGAACCUAUCAAAAUGAACAAUACAUUGGUUUUCAGAACAAAUAAUCGCCAUUGUCAAACUAAUUAUCGCUCCUCGCUUCCUCCGCUUUCCCACCACAUUUUAAUAUCUGCCACUGUCAGAGGAGAGGGAGAACUCCGGAGCAGAAGGUGCCAAUAUUACACCUACUGUAUAACGCUGGUUGUCAACCGCCAUUAAAAAAAACGACAAAGGAGAGUGUACAGCCCAACACGUUGCCAUCUCUCAUCGUGUUGUGGCCCUACAAGCCGGCCUCAACCAGAGCUCAAAAACAAAUUGGGAAACACUAUUUUUGACAGUUUCUUCAAUUAUUUGCCACCAACCGAUGUUGAGGUUUACGACUAUUUCAAUUACAACAAUAAUACACUAUUUAAUAUUGAGCUCUUGGCUAUAUUAAUUCAUUUGACAACAAAUGGAUUGUCACUAACUGCAUCUUGUAAAAAGCAUGUGCCAUUUAAGCGACAUUGCAUGUGAGGCACUAACGAAAUGUUUGAGGCUAGUUUUAUACAAAAACCUUUUUGAUGCUUGUUUUGAAGGUAAAAUUCAGUUCUUUGCUAUUGUUUGUAUUCCUGAUGGUGUGUUGAAAUAUCACCAGUGUCCGUUUGUAUGACAGACAUUUGAAGGCUGGAAAAAAAAAUAUGAAACCUACUCGCUAUAUUCCACAUGGGACCAAACCUCUACAGAUCAACUUUAAGAAUGAACAGCUUUAUUUUUUAUAAGUGUAGAUAAUCUUGGGUUCUCAGAAACAGUCCGGCCCAUCGCACCAGACGGAGGCAGACUGGUGUCGCUGGGGUCGAGGAUGACUGGGCUCGAACAGUGAAAGCUCGGCCACAUGACCGUCUCAUGGCUCUGCGACAUGCUCCUGAUCCUUGUUGAAAAUUCUGGCUCCAGCUUAGCUUUUAACCCACAGAGCAAUGCAGUCAUUGACACUUGUGGGGAUGUAGCGCGUGCUUUCGUGCUCAUUCAGAUGUGGCGUGGCGGGGAUUUGCCCGCCAUCCUGUUCCACUCAAAGCAUCUUUUUGUCCAUCUCCUUAGGCAAGAGGAACAUUUCAGACAGGAAGCGUCUGUGUCUCUUCUCUGACUCACAGUGUCGUCACCGCCACAGCCAUGAAAAAAACACAUAUCGGAUUAAAAAAAGACAUGAAUAGCAGAAUUUAGGCCCAUUUAAUUGAUGUCAUAGUACAACCGUGUUUCGUUGGGACACCAAAGACCAUGUGUUUGAACAACUGACACCAAGAAUUAUUAGAGAACAUGUUGAUUAUUCCUUGUGACACAAAAAUGAUUUUUUUGUUUUUUACGUGUUGGAAUUUAUUUGUGACUUCAUGAAUGUCCUGUUGUAGUUUGACUUGUUUGAAAAAGCCACUGCCGCUGACAUGAAUGCUGGACAUUUUCCCUUCUCCAAAAAGUUUCUCUUGAUUUGCAAGAUCGAUGUGUAGAAGGGGGUGUAGACGAUAAUGAUACUAACAAAGGCUGUGGGGAUAGUUAUUCCAGUCGGAACAACAGUAUAGCUUUAUGCGUGUGGCAUUCAAAAUGACCAGACGGUGACGUACAUAAUCGUAACAUAAAUUGUCUUUAUUCCAAAUGCAGCACUAUACAGGACUCAUUUUCAACCACCCUCUAACAUUCUCGUAGUUGUGUUUCGAUCUGCAUGGCAACUUUGUUCCAUAAUGCAUAAAAAAGCUUGGCUGCGUAGGUACAUGUCGUAUAAAAGUCAGAAAUCAUGUAAGGGACUGUGCUAUAUCUUGGUUGUUCAAACAAAAACAAUCAUUCAUAUAAGAAAUGUAACCAUGUCUUGAAUGUUUCUCGAUUAUACAUGUACUCCAUGGUAAAUAUACAUUAUGUGCCUGCAUACUCCUCCCAUCAAUGCCUCAAUGUGUCAAAUAAAAAAAGUAUUUUUCUCUGA